AUGACAGCGAGCCAGAUUAAGUCCGCUGUUGUGGAUUAUACCAAAGCUGCCCAGAACACUAUCUGUGCAGGCUUUGACGGCGUCGAGAUCUACGGCGCCAACGGGUAUCUCUUGGACCAAUUCCUCCAAGACACAUGCAACUGCAGAAACAACGAAUAUGGUAGGAGCGCCGAAAACGGUGCACGGUUUGCUAUCAAGCUGUCAGUUCAAUUUCAAACGCCAUCGGACCGGAGAAACUUGGUUAUCAUAUCAGUCCCUGGAGCAGCUUCCAGGCCCCGGGAUCUGAAGCUGGGGUAUCUCCAUGUGAUCGAGUCGCGAGUUACGAAAAACGUGGACAUUGAGAAGAUAGAGGGGAUCGAAUUCGCCUGGGAUAUCUGGGGGAAGUGUUCUCCGGCCCUGGUUGCUGGUGGAUAUACUCCGGAGAAUGCCAAGCACGCUAUUGAUAAGGACUAUGCGAAUAAUUUAAGUCGCGGUCGUGUUUGGCAGACACUUCCUGGCGAAUCCUAA